UUUGAAGGAUGCGGGCGGGCGACUGGAGAUUCGUUGCGCGCUCCUCUCUACUUUACGACGCGCGAUCCCAUCGACCGGGAUGGUACCCAGAUGGUGGGUGUUGGCCUACAAGCCACAGGGGUCUUGGGUCUUGGACGUGGUAGCGGAUGCGGGAGGGCAGGCAUCUGUCCGCGCAGUCGGGGCGCAUUGGCACCCAGCCAGCCACAAGCAAUCGCGAGGAAGAGGCUGGCCAACCACAGCAGAGCCAGCCCCCCCCCCUUGUCAGGGGCUGACAGCCCGGAUGAUGCUUGCUCCUUCAGGUGUUGGUGAGUCGUGACUGCAAACUCUACCGAGAACGUGCAAGAGUCAGCAAAUUGUUGCGGCCGCCUCACCAAUCCGGACGACACCAUUCUUAAUUCUAGCAUAUCUCAAGAACCGCUAACUCUAGCUUCUGCCCAGCUAGACCUUAUCGCCUUCCGCCCAAUUUCUAUCGCACCUGAAUCUUAGACCCAGUCCGCUGGCUUUGAUCAGCCCCCUUGGCCCCACCGCGCAUGACAGCAGCACAGUGAGGCGCCACGAACGUCCUGCGAUUUCCGCCCGACCCGACGCAAGCGGCCGCGACAAAGCGGCUCCCACGAACUGCGCUGCGCUUUCCCCCAAGCGCCGCCCCUCGACCACACUUGCCGGGCCCAGGCGUCGACGACAACAGCCCACCGGGGCGCAACACUUUUGGCUGGCCCUCCACCCACAACAGCGAACCUAUACCGAUACUCACGAUGAGGCGCCAUAGCCGAUAACCGCAAAUUAUACGGCUUUUGCUCUGCCUUUUCUUGGAUUUUGGACACCACUCUUCUUUUUUGGAUAAUGUUCCAGGGCAGGCAGCGAUAUCUCUGAUUAGGAUAAAUCGAAUCGCAGCAUGAAUGGCUCCGGGCCUAUGGGGCAGCCGAGUUACGGCUACGAUGCCCCCGCGCGCAUGCCCCUGGCGUCCGAGGGCAUACUUCCGAGCGGCAAGGCACUGAUGAACGAGUACAGGACAGACCUGUCAAUGACGGGCUUCGGAUCGCAGCAGCCUCGCUUUAAUCCGUUGAACUCGGAACGGACGCAGAGCUCAGCGCUUGUCGACCUCAACGACCCCAUCCAAGUACAUCUCCUAACCGAGACGGCUCUCUCCGACUGCAAGGAGUAUGAGAUUCUGUCGCAGGAGGAGGUGGACGGGCUAAAGAAGCAGGUAGCCUCCCUGACGCAGCGAAUCGAGCAGGCCCGCUCCAACCUAGCCGUUCAGUCCAAGUACCUGGACGCUGCCACCAACAUGACGAAGCUCUACUCGACCAAGAAGAAGAACCUGCGCGGCAAUGGCAGGAACAGCCUCGAGAGCUCCGCCCGCGAAGCCGAGACGGAGCGACAGGCCUGCGAGCGCCGCUGUGAGGAUCUGGCUUGCGAACUCUUCCAGCUUGAGCGCCGUCUUAUGGAGCCGCGCCGACGUCUAUUCGAGCACACGGCCGGCAUCUUACAACUUACCCAUCGCUCCGCCAAGACCCCAGACCUGGGUCGCAACAACAGCGUGAUGCAAAAUGGCAUCCCAGGCAGCCCCGAGAGCCUGUACACAUACAAUAAUCUCCGCUACAGCGUCUCGGACGCACUGCCCUUCGAGGAGGACGCAUUCUUUGACGACCGCAGCCUCUAUCUCACUCUUGAGCAGCUAGACGAGAAGUCGGGCCGGCCAACAACCCGAAGCCUUAACUCCGCCCAGGCCAUCAACACCAGUGCUGCAGCGGCAGGUGCCAAUGCCAUAGAGAUCCCUAUCAAGUCUCCAAUUCGAGAGCAAACUAAUCAGCUGCGUGAGGAGGCCGAGCGCCUGCGCAACGAGACUGAACAGCUGCGGCAGGAGCGUGAUAGGGCCCAGGCCAUGGCCGAUUCUGUCCAGCUAGAAAUGGACUCACUGCGGCGAGAGAGCGGAGAGAAGUUGAGAGCGGUUACGGACACGGAGCGCAGGCUAGAGGCUCUCAACAUGCAGCUAAGAGAGGUCAUUGUCUCGUUUGACCCGACCCGCAACGGCGGGUACCAGCAACCACCAUCAGGCCAGCUGGAACCGGGCGAAAUGAUCGGCAGCCACGUCGAAUAUCUGACAGCAGGCCUGGCGACGGUUCAGCAGGAGCAGUAUGCACAGGCGACACAGGCCUCGGACGGCUCGAAGGACGCGGAGAUGGCGGCUUCACGCGCCCAGGCCGUGGUGACCCAGUCCGAAGAGAGGCUGGCGACGGUGAAUCAACAGCUCGGUUCAGUCCUGCAAAUGGCAAAUCCGAACCAGCAGCCUCCCCCGCAGACCACCGGCAUGGACCUUGAAGGGCAGAUCGCAUGGCUACAGGGCUCGAUCGGGGUGGUUCAGUACGCGCUCUCGCAAGCCGUGAGCGCUUCGUCGGCCUCGUCGGCGGACAAACAGCAGGUUGAGCAGAUUGAGUCGGCCCUCCGGAACAUGUGGGAUAUGAUCCAGAACGGAUACGCCGACCUACAGCGACGCAACGAGGAGCGGAGGCAGGCCCGCAGAGAGGCCGGUGUGGAGGCAGAUGACGAAGACGAGGAUGAUGUACCAUUCGACCCAUCGGAGCAGUACUCGCUGCAGGCAUUCUCGGCUAAGGUCCAGUGGCUGUAUGCGCAGGCGACCAACCUCCGCGAGCAAAAGUCGGUUCUCAAGCGACAGAUCAAGCAGCAGCGCGAGCUCAACAACAAGUCGGACGCACAAAAGGACGCAGAAUUGGAGGGCAGGACCGCAGAACUGCAGCAAGCACGCGCACAGCUGGUCGGCAGUGAGAGGCAGGCUCAGGAGGCCCAGGAGAAGCUCGCCAGGGCACUGGCGGAUCUCGACGACCUCAAGAAGAACGAGGUGACGGCCAUGGCCAACGUGGGCGCGUCAGCCAGGGAGGCGGAAGAAAAGGUCAAAGACCGCGAUGCCAAAAUGGCCAAGAUGCAAGACGAGCUCAGGGCACGCGAGGCCGAGGUGGCGGACACCCAGGCACGACUCAAGGAGGCGGAAGCGCAAGCAGAUGCCGCCGAGGCCCGCGCCAGAGACAUCGAGGCGCAGGCGGAAUCGGCCGCGGUCGCUGCUGGGACCGCGGCGGCCGCGGCUGCUGCACAAAUCACGCAGUUGCAGGAGCAGGGUGGAAAAGCGACAGCCGUGGAAGAGCAGCUCCAGCAGCGCGACCUGCAGAUUAAGUCGAUGCAGGCCAAGAGCCGGGAGCUUGAGGACCGGCUCGCGCAGGCCGAGGUCGAGGUGGGGACCGUGGCGGCUCAGCUCGCCGACGCAGAGGCGUCCAAGGCGGCCGCCGAAGAAGCCAAGACGGCGGCCGAGACGCGUGCGGCCGAGCUUGAGAAGGAGGCCAAGGCCAAGGAGGAGGAGCUGGAGCAGAGCAACAUGCAGAUCGUCGAGCUUAAGAUGGAGGCGACCAUCGCCAAGGCAGAGCUCGAGGGGGCGUAUGGAUCCCGCUCGGAGCGGGCCAAGGAGGUAGCCAAACUCAGCAACAAGGGCGAGUCGGCAGAGCUGCGGACGCAGGUCGACAAGCUCAAGGAGGAGCUGGCCGGUACGCUGUCCGAGUUCGAAACGCUCACCAAGGACACCAUCAAUGCCGAGCGCGAGCGGAUGGACAUGGAGGGCAAGCUCGACGACGCCCUCGCGGCCAAGGACGCGCUCGAGGCUGAGGCAGCCAGGCUCCGCGACAAGCUCGACUCGGAGGUGGGCAGGCUGCAAGAGCAGCUCGACGCCGAGAAGCUCAAGGCGGCGCCCGCGGCGGGGGCCAGGGUCGGCGCCGGCGCGUCGAUGCUCAGCGAGCAGUUCAGGGCGACCAUGAAGGAGGAGAGGAAGAAGUUCCAGGAGGAGAUAAGAAACGAACAAGCCCAGCGCAGAAAGCUGGAGGACGAGCUGCGGACACUGAGGCGCGCAGCGGGACCAGGCAGGAGCCCUCUCAGCCCGCGAUAGUCUCGGGGCGCGAGAGGCUCCACUGCCAUACCCCAUAAUCACCAGCUGAGGGCGACGCCCCUGUCGCCAAAGAAGCCGCUGCGUCAACAAGUUGACAGGCUUUGCGUACCACCUCCAAGGAAGAUUCGCCUACGUCAGUCAUGGGUCAAGCCAUAGACCCACACGUACAAGUGCAUACCCGCAUAUUAUUUAUUACCUCCCGAAGCCGCAUCCCGUGUAAAUGUUGGCUACUCGUGGAAUAUCACAUACGAUCUAUGUUGUAUAGUAUUCACAAAGAGGAUCAUCAGGGGAUGAAGGAGUCAGCCCGCCUGCACUGUACAUAUGCCUAUUUCUGCAGGAGGGUUUCCCCGGUCUUUUGAGAGACGAUGGGAUGAUCAAAUCUAAUGACCA